GCUAGGGGUCAAGAGGACUUAUGAGAGAGGGGGGUGAGUCGUUAUCCAUCUUUGGAGGCCGGGCCUCACAGGUUAGACAAGAGGGGAUCUCCCGCUGAUCUGAUCGGGCCCGUUCGAUAAGUCAGUCCUCUCUUUUGUUUCAUUUUAUUUAUUUAUUUAUUUAUUCUUUUAUUCUGCUGCAUGCCAUUCUCUAAGUCCAAAUGAAUCGUCGCUCCGGCUAGGAGUUCUACCUUCUACUCUGUGUGUUUUACUGAUUGUUUCUUUCAUCUGAACUAUCUAUGUCCGGUAUUGAGACACGUGCGCAGAAAGCGGGAAGAGAGAGAAGGGAGAGAGAAGGUGUUCUGUUUGAGAGUGUGAGGAAGGGCAAGAGGAGUGUUCGUCCAAACGUGAGGAGAGAGCGGACCCCUCUUGAGAGAUCUACUAACACCCCUUCCUCUGGCAUGGCGAACAUCACAUCUGCCCAAUGGCAGGCCAUGCUGGACGCAGCGGACGAGAACGAGAAAUCGUUCUUCCAAAAGCUUUAUGGCGAUGCCGUGCAAAGGGAGAGAGAGGCAGAGGCAGCAUCCAGAGCCACAAGCAUUGCUGAUCAGGUGGCCCUCCUGCAGGUCCCGGAAGCUAAUGUUGACCGGUUCCAAGAAAGGUUAGCUGCUGCCGUAGCAACCUUGUUUCGACUGCGGACCCUGGAAGACCUUGAGUCCCGUGUGACAGAACUGGAGCAGCGGAACCAAGAGCUGCAGGCUGAGAUACUCAGCCUUAAACAGUCCCAACUGUCUACCCCUCGUCCUCCUAACCCUCGACCUGCUGCAGUCCUAGUCUCUCAAUCUAAUACAGUCCUCAUGGCAAGAGCAAGCGGAACUGUGACGAGCGCAGGAACGGGUGCCAGCUCCUCAAGCGGCAGCGCCGACAGUUCUGCACUAGUCAUAGUCCCAAAUGCAGGGACAACAGCCCAAAACGCCAUCGUCCUUACUGGCGUACAGGGCAGCGGUCCCGUAGUGGACAAGCGGGCGGCCACUUUGCCGUCCAAGUACGACGGGAAAGCGGAUAUCACCUCUUGGAUUAGUUCCAUGCGCUCAUACUUCGAGGUUAUGCGGUCACCGCAGGAAGACCGAAGCAUGAUCAUGGGCACUAAUACUGAGCCCGCCGUACAGAAUCACAUUGAGCUCCAAGCUGUUGCUGCAGGUUAUGAAAGAAUUGACCUGACUGAGUGGCUGAAUGUAACCCCUGUACGCACCCUUGAGGACCUUCUCAUCACACGGUACCAAGAUAAGCAUGCUGCGCUCAAGGCAAGGCUGAAGCUUGAGGCCCUCAAGGGCCAAACAUGGAGGUCCUCCAUGCAGGCUUUGGAACAACACUUAACUGGUUUGUUCACCACUCCAAACCUGGGAAUGACCGACAUGUCUUGCAUGGAUGUAGUCAUGGGAGUGGCCCCUAAAGAAUACCUCUCCCUGUUAGCACUCAAAGACCAUACCACCUGGCGAGAGCUCAUGACGGAUCUAGUCAACCUAGAGGCCAAGGACCUCGCUAGGCGUAAGAAGGCGCCCGCUGCAGGUGGAAAACCACAAUGCAAGCGGUAUGGAAGCAGCAACCAGCUUGCCCUGCAUGAACAUCGGGAGGCUGAAGAUCAGUCCUACGCGGAUGAUCUGUCUCUAGAUGACGAUCUAGAGCCGGACUCUAAUAUGAAUCAGAACACGUGGGACAAGGAGUUGUACAAAGUGAAGGGACUGUACAACAACUCCAUCCACUCUGCAACUGGUGUGACACUAAACCAGUUGCAAUACGGAUGGCCGAUGCGUAAUCCCCUCUCCUAUCUGUUUCCCGAACGGUCACCUGGUCUGAUGCUCGGCAUGUCUGGCUACAAUGCCAAGUAUGCACGCUUGCUCAAAGUUGUUAUUGCAGCCAUGAACAAGCGCCAGCAUGCCAUGAUCAAACAUGCUAACAAGUUGCGCAAAGAAGCAAAAUUCAAAGUAGGGGAUUAUGUUUGGGUCAAAAUGUCUGAGUUUUCUGAUGAAGAGGGCGUAUCACGAAAGUUUCUUCCAUUGUACUAUGGCCCUUGGCAUAUUCUGAAGGUGAUUGGGGAUGAUUUUGGUCCUUCAUAUGUGAUUCACGUGCCUCCUCAUAUGCGCACGUAUCCGGUAUUUCAUGCGUCCAAACUGUUCCCACACAUUGAUGAUGAGACUUUUCCCUUCCGAGACCCUAUGAUACCUCGCUCUAUCGACGACGGCCAUGAGAUAGACAAAAUCGUUUCUCACGAGGGAAGAGGGAGGAACAGACAGUACAAGGUUCACUUCCUCUAUCACCCGUUGACUGAAUUCUUCUGGAUCGACCGAAAAGAGCUGCUAAAGAAUGCUCCCCGUGUUGUGAACGCUUAUGAACGACAAAUCGCUGAGGGACAGAUUGCUAAAUUUAUUGCAAAAAUGCCUCCUCACGGACUUACUAAGUCUCUCUUUCUUAUUUACUCCUACGAUGCAUUUUGUGCCAACUCUGAAUGAGUUACUCGCUCGAAGGGACCUCGUUCUUGAGAGGGGGGUAGUGUAAUGACCCGCCAAAAACACAGACUAAGAACACUGCUGAUUUUUGGGAUUUGCCGCUGGAAUGAAUGCCUUGCUGAAAU